AAAUAAAUCAAAAAAUCUCGGAUCUCAUAACGUCCCUUUUCUUCUUCUUCUUGCUUCCAAAACUUCUCUCUUCACUCAACAAUGGCGACUCUAAACCCAGGAAUCCUCUUAAAACUCCUUCAAUCCAUGAACACAAACACAAAACCUACUGGAGAACACCGCUCUGCUUUACUCCAAGUCAUUGGAAUCCUCCCAACUUUAUCACCAUCUUUAAAUAAUUCUACCAAUAACUCAAAUUCAAGCAUAAACAAUUCUUCUGCUACUUCCAAUCUUGAUUUAUGGCCCAACCAUGGUUUUCUUCUUCAAGUUUCUGAUUCCAAAAACUCAACCUACAUUACCCUUUCUGAUCGUGAUACUGAUCUUGUAUUCUCUAACCGUAUUCAACUGGGUCAAUUUAUCUACGUGGAUCGCUUUGUAUUUGACUCAUCUUUUCCUCUUCCGUCUGCUACAGGGAUCCGACCCGUGCAAGGGAGACACCCUUUUAUAGGGUCCCCAGAAGGGUUAACUAUCCGGGUUUCCAAAGAGAAAAGGGAUUUUGUUAUUCAACCUGUUGUGGAUUGUAAUGAUUCAAUUGAUCCCAUAUUAGCUCUUCUUCAAAAGAAGAGAGUAGAAACAAAAGCGAUUAAAGAGAAUGACGAGAAAGAAAAUAUUGGGGUUACUCCAAAGAGGUUUACUUCUCCAGCAAGUAACAAAAGGGCGGUUUCAGCUGGAAGAAGAGACAAAGAAAGGGAAAAAGAAAGGGACCCAUCUCCGAUGGUGGGUAAACUAAAAAGGUCGGCGUCACCAGUGCCGUCAAAAUGUGUGGUGCCGAGUUUAGCCGCAGCAAAGGCGACAGAGGAUGGAAGGAGAGCAGGAAGAGAAGCUGCAAUUGUGGUGCCAUCUAGGUAUCGGCAGCAAUCUCCGACAGUGGGGAGACGGGCAGCGUCCCCGGCUGGACGGAGGAUGUCAUUGUCUCCGGCGAGGAGGCUGUCGGGUGGAGGGGGGAGUUCGGGGAAUAGAAAGAAAAGUAUUGGUGGUGGUAGUGGUGGGACUGGGAAUUUGAAGGUAAGUGAAUGGAGUUUGGGGAAGAGUGGUAGCGGAGGAAGGAAGAGUUGGGAUGAAGGAGGAGAAACAAUUAAGGAAAAGGGUAAUUUAGGGGGAAGUUUAAAGAAUAAUAAGCCCGAUUUUCAAGCUAUAAUUAGGACUCAGGCUGCUUUGUCACGCCGUUUAAGUGAUGCAAAUAGUCAUGAAUCCAAAGAUGAUUCUUCUGUAGAUGGGAAGUUAAAAUCCAGCUUACCUGAAGAUAGUGCGGUGUCUGAGAAGCCAUCUGUGUUGGCUGCUGAAAUCACGGUCCAUGACAAGAAAUGGACUGAUGGUAGCGUCCCAUUAGAUUCAGUAUCGUCCAACCUUGCUAAGCUUGCCAAGGAAGGAAUUCAGAGGAGGGGUAUUGCUGCUACUGCUGCAGCUGAAGCUUUACAGGAGGCUCUGGCUAUUGAGUCUAUAGUAAGGAGUUUAAGCAUGUUCUCGGACCUUUGCACGACGUCUAAAGCUGGAAACCCUUUGCCUACAAUAGACAGAUUCUUAUCCAUCUACGACAAUGCCUUGCGAGCAACUGCCAUUGUAGAGUCAGUUUCAUUGAGCCACUGUUCUGAGGCUUCAGCUGAUAUUGUCAUCCCUACACCGCAAUCUAAAUCUGCCUCAGCUUGGGUUGAAGCUGCUCUCUCUACUGAUCUCACCAUUGUUUCCCUUCUCACAGGGCAAACCACCACCGAGUCUCCACCACCUUCCCUAUCUAAGACUUCAUCCUCAUCAAAACGCCGGUCCAUAGGAAGCACAACGAAGAACCACUCUAAGACAUCGUCAACAAUGGUGGAAUCAUCUCCAAAAGAGACAUGGACAAGAGGUCGUGGCAUGAAGGACACGAUUGAGCUCACUACUAAUUUGAACUCGGAAAUGGAAAUGUGGUUCCUGAAGUUUGUGGAAGAAUCUUUAGAUGCUGGGUUUCGAGUUAUGAAUGAAUGUGGUAAUAGUGGGAGCAAAAAAUUGCCAAUUGAAUGUGGAUCGAUUGCAGCAAUAUUAUCACAGUUGAAAAGGAUAAAUGAUUGGUUGGAUGUUGUGGUAAAGAAAAGGGAUCAAGCUUUGUCUGACAAGAUUGAAAAACUAAAGAGAAAGAUUUAUGGAUUUGUUAUUCAGCAUGUUGGAACAACUUUUGAUAAUUCCCCUACAAUCUCCUCAUCUUGAAGAUGGUAAUGGUACAAAUUAGAAUAAAAAAUGUUCAUUAUUUGCAAUUUUGUUGGAAAGUGAAUCUUGUUGAAUGAAUGUCUUAAGUUUGCUAGAAUUCCCACUAUUUUUACCUGAAAUUUGCUUCCUUUGCAAAUGAAUUGUUCAUGUGUUUUACAUCUACAAAUACAAGUUUUUUUCUCCAAUUUUCUGAGCUUGAAAU